CAUCACGUCUGGUAUCGCGGUGUUUGCGCCGACAUUUCGUGCAGCAGCAACUUUCACAGAAGAUAUAGGAGAAGACAACCGCUCCGUUCAUGAACUAAACCUCAGUGUGUUUGUUGACACAUUUCUCGGUUGUAGGGCUGUUGUUUAGCAGUCAAUAUGGCGGUAGUCAUCAGGCUGCAGGGUUUGCCCAUAGUGGCCGGAACCAUGGACAUCAGACACUUCUUCUCUGGGCUAACCAUCCCUGACGGGGGAGUGCACAUCGUGGGGGGUGAGCAUGGCGAAGCCUUCAUUGUCUUUGCUACUGACGAGGACGCUCGGCUUGGGAUGAUGCGUACAGGCGGGUCCAUUAAAAGCUCCAAAGUGUCCCUGUUGCUUAGCAGCAAGACAGAGAUGCAGAACAUGAUUGAACUCAGCCGCCGCAGGUUUGAGGCUGGGGCGGGCGCUGUGGAGACGGCAGCACCUACAGCAGGAAAUGCCAACCGACAAGCAGGCACCGCCCCCAUACCCUCAGUACAGCCAGGGGCUGGGGGGAGAAGCAGUAGCCACGGAAACCAAGGUUUUGGUAACACCUCAGCCUCAGUGACGGCAGCAAGCUCAUCUCAAGAGCCACCGGGCAACAAGGCAGUGGCCAGUGUGGUGUCCAGCUUCCCCAACAGCUACAGCUCCGCCCCCACAAUCACCACAGCUCUGGCAUCGCUCAAUGCAGGCCCCCCACCCAUCCCUCCACUUCCUAGCAUGCCUUCCAUGCCCACUCUGCCCACUAUUCCAGUUCCUCCUCCAGUGUCCUCCCUUCCCCCUGUACCUACUGUCUCUCCCCUUUCCCAAGGUCCUCCUGUGCCUCAUAUGUCCCACCUUGCCCACAUGUCCUCUAUGCCUCCCUUCAACCCCUCCUUACCUCCCCCAGGGGGAAUGGGUUCUGGCCUCCCUCUUGGAACCCCCAACCCCAUGCUAUUCAACCCUCUCUCACCUCUGGCCUCGCUGGGCCUCCAGGCCCAUAUGAAGGCUGCUGCCGCAGCCGCAGGGGUUGGUGUGGCCCAUCCCGAUGAGUUGUUUGUCCUUCUGCAGAACCUCCCGUUCUCCUGCUCAGAGAUGGAUGUCAGGGAGUUUUUCCGCGGUCUGGGGGUGGAUGGGGUUCGCCUGCUGAGGGACGGGCAGGGUCGGCCAACCGGCAGGGCUAUGGUCAAGUUUUUCUCCCCCCAGGACAGCUUUGAAGCUGUGAAGCGGGGAGGUGGCAUGAUGGGCCAAAGGUUCAUUGACAUCACCCCUGGCUCUGAGCGGCAGUGGGCCAGCCUCAACGACGGCAUGAUGGGCCAUGCUCCUCACAAUAUCAGCAAAUCAAAUAACAGCAAUGAGUCACAGGACCAACAUCACCGCCGUGGUAAUGCUGGGGCAGGAGGCAGGGAUCAGCGAGGAAGGUCGCGAUCUCCCCACCGGCAGGAGUUCUGCGUCUACCUGAAGGGCCUUCCCUACGAGGCCGACAAGAAACAGAUAAAGGAGUUCUUUAACAAUUUGGCCAUCAUGGAGGACAGCAUCUACAUCGCCUACGGGCCAAAUGGGCGAGCCACAGGAGAGGGCUUUCUUGAAUUCAAAACAGAACAGGACUACAAGACUGCUCUAGGUGCUCACAUGCAGUACAUGGGCACUCGCUUCAUCCAGGUCCACCCAAUCAGCCAGAAGGGAAUGCUUGAAAAGAUAGAUGCCAUUCGCAAACGUGAAGCAGUACAGGGUGAUGGCAAGGGCCAGGAUGGCUUGAAAGUUCCCAGGAACUGUGCUCACAUCACCAACAUCCCUUACAAUGUCUCCAAGAAGGAUGUCCGUGCCUUCCUGGAGGGUGUGGGGCUUUACGAGGACACCUUAAAGGUUCUCACAGAUAGCCAUGGCAACGGUUUAGGGCAAGCUAUUUUCCAGCUGCGCACCGAGGAAGACGCCCGCAAAGCUGAAAGACUGCACCGCCAAAAACUCAAUGGUCGCGAUGCCUUUGUCCAUCUGGUGACAUUUGAGCAGAUGAAGGAAAUUGAGAGGAAUCCUCCCCCCCAGAACAAGAGGGGCCAACGCAACCAGAACCAGCAGAACCAAAAUCAGAACCAGCACCAGCAAGCCCAGCCCAGUCCCCAGCAACCGCAGAUCAACCCAUUUGCAGGGAUUAGUGGGGAGGAGUUUAACUUUCUCAGAAACACAAUGGGGAACCUCAACAGUACCCCCUUUGUGACUCAGUUCUCAGCUCCAGGCAAUGGGCUGGCAGGCCCUCCUCCUCUCCCUCCUCUGGCAGCAGGGCUGGGGGACAUUAAUCUGGGCGUUGCUCCUCCGCUAGUGGCUGGUCUUCCUGGAGGCCCGAUCCUGGAGCCGCUAAGCUUUCGACCCGGAGGUGCAGGAGGACCUCCAUUUAGCCAGGAUGCGCUGAGAGGGUUGGUGCCCUUUGACAAUGCCAACAGAAAAGGAGGUGGAGGAGGUCAGACCAGAGGGGGAGGGGCUAACAACAAUCAAGGGCGUCCAGGGGGCGGGGCUGCUGGUGGACAGCAGGUGUUCACUCCAGGAGCUGACGGUCUCCGUAACCAGCAGGCCCCUGGAGGAUCUAACAAUCCCAACAAUCAACGCGGUGCGGCCGGCCCGACAAUUGUAAAGCUUCAGAACAUGCCGUUUACUGUAACCGUGGACGAGAUCAUGGACUUCUUCUAUGGCUACCAGGUCCUGCAAGGCUCAGUCUGCCUGCAGUUCAGUGAGAAAGGCCUGCCAACUGGCGAGGCCAUGGUGGCCUUCCAGAACCAUGAGGAGGCCACUGCCGCUGUUAUGGACCUUAAUGACCGACCUAUUGGAGCACGCAAGGUCAAGAUAAGCCUCGUAUCCCAUACAGCACGUGUCAAACUCAAGGCCCGCGGGCCAAAUCUGGGCCCCUUUGUGGCCCCUAGUGAAAAUGAGUUUGACACCCCUGACAUGUGUAAAAGCUUGUUCCAACUCUUCAUUGAAGCUAUGGCGGAUUGUGUCACUAAAGUGGAGCUGAGUGUCUCCUGCUCUGACCUGUUGGAUAAAGAUGUCGGAUCAAAGUCUGAUCCUUUGUGUGUGCUGCUGCAGAGCUCAGGAGCAGACAGCUGGACCGAGCUGGGUCGUACUGAGAGUUUGAAAAAUACCUCCAGUCCGUCUUUCAGUCAGCGCCUCAGACUGGAUUAUCACUUUGAGACGGUGCAGAAUCUGAAGCUGGGGAUCUACGAUAUCGACAACGCCAGCUCUGACCUCGGCGAUGAUGACUUCCUGGGUGGCGUGGAGCUAACACUGGGACAGAUAGUGUCCAGUAAAACUUUGACCAGACCUCUGCAGCUGAAGAAAGGCAAACCUGCAGGCAAAGGAAGCAUCACUAUCACAGCAGAGGAGAUAAAGGACAACAGAGCCAUUGAGUUGGAGUUUAAUGCCCAAAACUUGGACAAGAAGGAUACUUUUGGGAAGUCUGAUCCGUUCCUGGAGAUUUUUAAACAAGGAGACGAUGGAAAGUGGCAGCUGGUCCACAGAACAGAGGUGGUGAAGAACAAUCUGAAUCCCUCCUGGAAGAAGUUCUCCGUUCCUCUACAGACGUUCUGCUGCAGCGACCUCGACAGACCCCUGAAGGUGGAUUGCUCUGAUCAUGACAGUGAUGGAUCUCAUGAUCUGAUUGGUUCUUUCACCACUAAAGUCUCUGAGCUGCUGAAAGCUGAACAAGGUGCUCAGGUGGCGUUUGACUGCAUCCACCCCGAGAAACAGAAGAAAAAGAAGAGCUACAAGAACUCUGGAGUCGUCUCUGUGAAGAGCUGCAAGCUGUUGACUCAGUACACCUUCCUGGACUAUGUGAUGGGCGGCAGCCAGAUCAACUUCACCGUGGGGAUCGACUUCACCGGCUCUAAUGGGGAUCCUCGCUCGCCCAACUCUCUCCACUACAUGAGUCAAGACGGAUCUAACCAGUACCUGUCUGCUCUGUGGUCUGUGGGUCACGUGGUCCAGGACUACGACACUGAUAAACUCUUCCCAGCGUUCGGUUUUGGAGCCAAACUGCCUCCAGACUACCAGGCUGCACACCAUGAGUUUGCCCUCAACUUCAACCCUACAAACCCCUACUGCAAAGGUAUUCAGGGAAUUGUUGAUGCCUACAGGAUGGUUUUGCCUCAGCUGAGACUCUCUGGACCCACAAACUUCUCUCCCAUCAUUAAUCACGUCGCUUCCAUCGCCGCCCAAGCCGCGCAGAGCAACAACGCCUCUCAAUACUUCGUCCUCCUCAUCCUCACUGACGGUGAGAUCACGGACUUCGAUCAGACCCGCGACGCUAUCGUCCGGGCGUCGCGGCUGCCAAUGUCAAUCAUCAUCGUUGGGGUGGGGCCGGCGGACUUUAAGGCCAUGGAGCUUCUGGAUGGAGACGACGGCAAGCUGAGGUCGACAGUGGGGGAGGCCGUCGUCAGAGACAUCGUCCAGUUUGUCCCCUUCAGACAGUUUAAAGAUGCUCCACAGUCGUCUCUGGCUCAGUCUGUCCUUGCUGAGGUUCCCAACCAGCUAGUCUCUUAUUUCAAAAUGAGAGGCUUAGAACCAGCUAAAGCUGCCCCCAAAUCCUAAACCCUGCACGCACAAAUCCUAAACACCACCCCUGCACUCCCUAAACCCACCCUUAAAGCUGAAGGCCCACCCUCAUCUAAUUCCAGGAUGAGACCUCCCACAAAGUCGACCACCCUUCAGGGACCAACCCCAUGUGUUGCUAGAAUCUCAGCCAAUCACAAUUUGCAGCAUUUAGCUGUCAGCCAAUCAGGAUGCCAUGGGCAACCCUCUAGUUUUAAAAAAAAUCUGUUUUAUAUUCACUUUUUUAUUAUUUUUGUCUACAAUAACUGAUUCCCUCUGCUGCUUCCAUACUAACUAUGCAGAUCACGUGUGCUUACUAACGUGUUUUAACAAUCACAGAGCCACACACACACACACACACACACACAAAUAGAAAAGGCGUUGGUCCACAUUCUGUUUCCAUUGUCGACUGACAUGUCACUUGAAUAGAGCUGAAUCUGUUGUGUAAAAGCUUUGUGGGUUUUCCCAUUCACUUCAAUGCAGUCAAAGUCAGAGCCGUAUAUUAGAGAGAGUUUGGCCAACUCAAAUCAUGGGCGCCAUAUUGGAUUUCAGUGAUUUAUGUCACUUUUUAAAAUAAUUUAUUACAUUUUUCCACUAUUCCCUGCACUAUGUCAGUGUGAAUCAGAUGGAUGUUUGUAUCCAACAUGGAGUCCACAAAACACGCGACCACCUCGGAACUAAUCUCAUAACGGGAUAGCUCGGGACAUUCGAUUCCCUAGUUGGCCAAACUCUCUCUAAUAUACGGCUCUGGUCAAAGUGUUACACAGCAGCACCUAUUGGUCAUUAGAGGAAGUACAGCUGCAUAUACCUUACUGUAACCAGUGGUGUCCAUGUUGCCAUGGUGACAUGCUGGACCAGCUGUGUGUGUGUGUGUGUAUGGCUCUGAUUAGCUUUAUUGAUCAGGUAUUGAUACUUAGCACUUUGCUCUUGCACUAAAUGCUGGAAUAUUGUAUCAUGAAUGAUAUUAUAUACUCGUCUAAUAGCUUUAUUACUAUAAAACCUUACUAUAGCCUUACUGUAGUCUUUAGUGUAGCCUGUGUGACCUUAGCCCGCUGCUUUAGCUUGAAUGUUUCCAGACUGUUCUGUCACGACUCUGUGUUUUGCUGAUGCUGCCAUCUUGGCGCCUAGUGCUGAACUCAUUUCUACUAUCAAGCCAAAAUUCAUUUUACCUUGCACGGCAGCUGAAUUCUGGCGAUAUCAUGAGAUCUCGCAAGAAUCGAGAGCUUGAUAGACUUGACUUCAGUCUGAGCUGCUACAUACCUAAGCGUCGCACUGAGAGUCUGUCUGAACAUCUGCACUGAUUCUUUACCAAAGUCUUCUGAAUACUGGAAUGACCUGAACACACGUAUUGUCAAAAUGUGUCAAAACUCAUGUUUACUGCAGCGAAGCCACACUUAAUGUUACAUUGCUUAUUAAAGAGCUAUUGCCAACACUUAAUCUGCAACCACUUUAAAUGACUUAGAAUUCAUUUAAAAUCACCUUUAACCACUUAAAAUCACCACUUUUGUUGUGGAUGGCGAUAGCAUUUUUCCUUUUUUGAAGGGUCCAUUUUAAGUGAAAAAUUUGUACUGCAUAUUAUUUUUAGUGCUCAAGGUUGUUUUAACUUUAGCUAAAUGUUCGGGAACAAAAAGAAAGCUCUGGGAAAAAGAGUUUGCAAGUUAGAAAUGAGAGUAAAGAUUAUUGUGUCAUAUCAGUUGUGUAUUUUUAGUUGAAGCAGUGUUUUAUGUUUCCAGCUGUUAGACUUCUGUCUGCCUCUCAGGUACCAACAGUGUCUGCUGCUUCAGACUCUGUGCAUGGUUGUUUUUGGAUCAAAUUAGUUCCAUGUUUCUAUCCAAGAAAACAAUAGUAACCGUCACCUGCUCACUGACUCCUGUUCACCUCUUAGAGUCGCCCGUGAGGGACAGGAGUCGCAGGAAGUGUUUACAGGGUGAGAUGAAGUGAAAAAGAUGCUCAAGUUAAGAGAGUCUUCUACUCACCCUUAAUUCCAGUUUUUCAGAGAAGUUUUGAAUCUGAGGGUCAGUUGAACAGGUUUUUAUGUUUUUAAAAAAAAUUAUAAUUUUGAAAUGAGAUUCUCAGAAAGUAAAGAGGAUGACGGUGUUAAUUUGUAAAGAUGUUUUCUAGAAAGACGGAAUGAUUGCUGAGUCUUGAUUCAUCCAAAGUUCAGGAGAAUAACAUGUCUUGUUAUUCUCCUGAACAAUGUCUUUCUGCUUAGGAGUUGUGACCUCAUAAAAGAAGAAGAAGCAGAAAGAAAUCCACUUGAAGCAGUUAAAGCUGCAGUGGGAAGAAAGCAAAAAAGCCAGAAUUUGAAGUAGAGUGAGACCUCUUCCUGCAGCUCUCCCUCCUGUCACAUGCGCAAUGCAUGUACAGAACAGCCAAUAGGAGUGCUCUCUCUCUGUGAAAUGAACUGUGAUUGGCCAAAGUCUCCUGUCAUGGGUCAGAUUUACUAAAGCCUGAAAACAAGCCAAGAGGAGAAGUCUUCCUUUUCUCUCAGACCCCUUGAAUUACAAUAUGAUGAAAGAUUAUUAUGGAAUUCUUGCCCAAUGUCGCCAGAAAUAAAUUGCCUACCACAGCUUUAAGUAAAAGCUUUUUCUUUAUUGCACUUAGAUGACAAUGGUAUAUUUGGGUUGCAAAUAUUAGUUUGUUUCAGAGGGGUUUACUUCUAUAUUUCAGUUCAAGUGAAUUGCUUCUUUGUGUUUUUUGAAUACAUGGAGUAGUAAAAUAAUCCAGGAAGAAAGCAAAAAUUAUUAAAAAAAAGGUGAAAAAAUUAAUGAGCGCAGUUUGGGAAGCACUGGUUGCUUUGCACAUCAAACGUCGGAAGAUGAUAUACAUAUCUUGGUCAAACCGUUAAAAAAUUGUUAAAUAAAAAAAACAACUAAUGAAUUCAUCUUCCAGGAAAAACUAACAAAUUCUGACAGUGUGAACGUUCAUUUUGACAAUGUAAACCUUGGUUUUUAGUAAAAAAUAAAAACUUAAAAGCUCCAUACAAGCUAGGCUAAUUAAAUGUUAAGUCAGUGAUUUUAAUCCAAUCCACUUUCUGUCAAAUUCAGGGAUAUCUCCUGAUGGUCUGCCAGCUAUCUGUUCUGUGUGCGCGCUGAAAAGAAAUCCGGUGUUUAUACACUGCCCUGGCUCUGUGAAUGGGAAAUAAAGUGGCUCGGACCAAGCCAAAAGACACUAGUUUAGCUACUCUCCCACUUCCAUAUCCUCCUCGCCCACAAGGAACGGAGCUAGACCUCCAUAGUAAAAGCCUAAAAAACAUUGGAGGUAUCCCCUUGCUAACUUGGUAUAAAAAUGUUUUUUUUGGUCAUUGAGCUCAAAUAUGAACAAUCUUUCUCAAGAAUCGCUGACUCCACCUUUUAAGUGGACCAUGAGUUCAGGUUUGUUUGUUUAAUCUCAAUCUGUGUUGAUGCCAAACUGCAGCAGAUUCUGUAAAGCCUAUUCAAGUCUGUCCGUGUCAUACUGCCAUGAUCUUCCUUUGUUUUCUUCACUGUUGCCAAAAACUUGUUUUAUGUAUAUGUUCUAGUUAAAGGGACAUUUUAUUUUCACAUGUGGUUUAAAGUGUUCAAAGUAUUUGAAUGGUAGAAAUUUCAGCCAAGAAUUGGCAGUUUUCAUUUUAAACGGACUGCUUAUGAAGUAAAGGAAGAAAAACAAAACAUUAUAGAAAUAUGAUCAGUGUUCGGCCGAACAUGCUGUAUUGUCACGGCAGCACUGGCUACAUGUGUUGUCAUCAAGUAAAGGGAAGAAGUUGUAAAAAUUCUGAAAACUACAUCACUGAAAUCAUCACACUUUGAAAAAGAGGGGAAAAAAUGCUGCCUUUAUAGUAUCUUGAUAAAGAACAACACCUCCCAUAAUGCUUUGCUCCACUUGCUCACAUUUUCAAACAACUGCUAUUACCUAACCAGUAUUCCUAAACCAGUAUAACCAGUAACAUCAUGUCUGUAUGAAUGCUGCCUGUUAGAAUACAACAAUAAAACAACUUUGUAAAAGAUAAA